AUGUCAUAUCUCCCUAUAGGAGGUGGCAGACGGGAUCCUCGAAUGGCGAGGGAGACUUCGACCACGUAUGGCUCAUACCCUCCCCGGUCAAUCACGCCGAGUCUCGCAAUUCCAAUACGCGAACGACGGAACAACGGCUACAACAAUAUGCCCUACGGGGCUCUCCCAACAUCCCGAUACGGCUCCAGUGCACCAAAGCCGGGUGACUCCGGCUUCUUGAGAGACGAUGACUACCCUCCCGGGUCCCGUAUGCGCACGGGCUAUGACGGGUACAAAGAAAAGGAGAACCAAGCAAAGGCAGCAAAUAAAUUCUAUGACACUGAAUUAAACCGUCGCGCCACCCCCUUCGAUAGGCGUGAUCCAGCACGAAGACUUUAUGGCCCGAUGCAAGAUCGCCAUUUGUAUACUGAAGACCAUGCGGCCAUGGUAGAACCAGCCAUGAGAGCAAGCGAAGCCGCGAAGCGUCAUGGAGAAGCCAGAGCAAGCUUCAAUGACGGAAAUAUUGGUCGCCUGACUAAAAGUCACUACAAGACCCAUAAACAAGCAGCGGGACAUGCAUUUAAAGCAGCGAAUAAUCACGCUGUAGCUGCACGUAGGCAUGCUGUGUUCUCUCAACUGGUUAGUUUCGAUGCCCUCCUCUCAAUUGUCUCUCAAGAAAUACUAAAGACAGGCUUUUCACACAACCAAGUGACCCAAGGGCCAAAGUCAUCUUCCCGCCUGGGCUAUCCAUCAAAAGCCAAAAGGCUCCCAAGCGUUGAAGGUCAGUCUAAUGGGACAAACAAGGCGGUCAAUACCAUUUCCCCAUCUCGCAAGAAGGGUCAUUGA